GAACCUUAACAGAAUGUCCAUACACACAAUUUGAAAAUUGCAACCGAAAAAACCGCCACAUUCCCCCUCCUUCCAACACCCAUCGCCACCACCUCCCGCCGGUCUCCUCAAUCCCUUUCCACCAUAUCAAAGUUGCAGAAUGUCGAGUAGACGAUCGGGUUCAAACCCGAAACGAUUCAUUUUCAUAACCAAUGACCCACAUUCUCUCGCAUAGUUUAUUUCUUUUUUUGUUGCAGGAACAUGGUAAACCCAUAUAAACAACCCAUCAAUUCUUCCAUCAAAUACACGUUAUAUGAUACGGUCUAUCGUAUUCGGGGUUUUGUAAAUUUUCGCCUGGUUCUUCGUGGAAAUAAUCGAGGUGUUGGAAGAUUUUGGCGGGUAAAGAUUAUUACUUUUUGAUGUGUUGCAUCAAAUACACGUUAUAUGAGAUUGAUUUGAAUAAGGGUUUGUUUGUUUUCGCCUUUUCGGGUAUUGCACACCAGGUGUUUGUUUAAAUGCCGUAACCAAUGAUAUCCUUUUUUUGUGAAAAGGGGAGGUGGGUUGAACCAUUGAAGUGAUGUAGCGACUUAGGAUAGAAUUGAAAUUAGAUGGGAAAUGUAUGCUUAAAGGGUUUCCAGUCGAUAUAUAACGCGUUAUGCUGGCCUCAACAGAAAUCUCCGAACAAGGUCCAACCGGCAUUGUCAGAUAAACAUUUUAAGGAUCCUCAGCCUGUUCAAACCACACCUCCGGAAACUCCUAGGUUAGCGAAAGAAGAGGUUAAAGAUGAAGUCAAAGUGGAGGUCAAACCCGAAGUCAGAUUAGAGCAUAAGCCGUCCAAAAGGGUUUCAAUAGUGAAGCAACAAAGCAAGCAUAAACAGUCGGUUAAAAAGCCUCAGGAAAUGAAGAGAAUGUUAAGUGCAGGGCUUCAAGCUGACCGUUUGUUGAAGGUCAACAACGGGAAUUUGAAAGAUUUUUAUAUGUUAGGUAAGAAACUAGGAAACGGUCAAUUCGGUACAACGUAUCUUUGCGUAGAGAAAAAAACUAGUAAGCAGUUCGCUUGUAAAUCCAUUGCGAAGAGGAAGUUGCUUACAGACGAUGAUAUAGUGGACGUUAAGAGAGAAAUUGAAAUAAUGCAUCAUUUAUCAGGACACCCUAAUGUGGUUUCGAUUAAAGGGGCUUAUGAGGAUUCGAUAUCCGUUUAUUUGGUUAUGGAACUUUGUGCUGGCGGUGAGUUGUUUGAUCGAAUCAUCGAUAAAAGUUAUUAUUCGGAACAAAAGGCUGCGGAUCUUGCUAAAACUAUUGUUAGCGUGAUCGAGGGUUGUCAUUCGCUUGGCGUGAUGCAUCGAGACUUAAAACCUGAAAACUUUUUAUUCGUGGAUGAUGAUGAAGAUUCAGUUAUGAAGAUCAUAGAUUUUGGGCUAUCAAGUUUCUUUAAGCCCGGAGAAAUUUUUACGGAUGUUGUUGGAAGCCCUUAUUAUGUUGCACCCGAAGUUUUGCUUAAAUAUUAUGGUCCAGAAGCCGAUAUAUGGAGCGCUGGUGUGAUUAUUUAUGUUCUUCUUUGUGGGGUGCCUCCAUUUUAUGCAGAUACCGAGGAGGAUAUAUUUGAAGAGGUUUUGCAUGGUAAACUUGACUUCAGUAUAGACCCAUGGCCUAAAAUCUCUGAAAGCGCUAAAGAUUUAGUUAAAAAGAUGCUUGUUAGAGACCGCAAAAAAAGGAUAACUGCUCAUGAAGUUCUUUGCCACCCUUGGAUUAGUGUUGACGGUGUUGCUCCAGACAAGCCUCUUGAUCCUGCGGUCUUGAUUCACUUAACUCGGUUUUCUGCCAUGAAUAAACUAAAGAAAAUGGCUGUUAAGGUCAUUGCGUCAAAACUCUCAGAAGACGAGAUUGCUGGCUUAAAACAAAUGUUUAAGAUGAUAGAUACAGACAACAGCGGUAACAUCACUUUCGAAGAACUGAAAAUUGGAUUGAAAAAUUUUGGUGCAAAUCUUGAAGAAUAUGAAAUUCAUGAUCUAAUGCAGGCUGCGGAUAUAAACAAUAAUGGUAUAAUUGACUACGAAGAAUUUGUAGCUGCAACCUUGCAUUUGAACAAAGUUUACAAGGAAGAUAGUAUUUAUGCUGCCUUUUCGUAUUUUGACAAAGAUGGCAGCGGUUUUAUAACCGUGAAUGAGAUCCAACAAUCGUGCAAAGAAUUGGGUAUAGAUGAAUCACAAAUAGAUGACAUUAUUAAAGAAGCGGAUCUGAACAAUGAUGGGCGUAUCGAUUACAAUGAGUUUGUUGCAAUGAUGCAAAAAGAAAGCGCCGUUGUCGGAAGGAGACAGCAAAAGAACAAUCUUAAAAUUGGACUCAGGGAGGGAUUGCCAGUUUGUUGAUAAAAGUUUGACUUUUCCCGCCAUUUUUUUUAAAAAAAAAAUAUUAUGUUUUUAUUCAUAUUUUCACAAAAAUACAAGCAAAUUGACUUAAUUUUUAAGGAAAAACAUCUAACAUACUAGAUCCUAGCAAGAUUUUUAGAAGAGUCCAAUGAAUUCAAGAAUGUAAAAUGUUCAAUGUAAAGAAAUGAUGAUGGUGUUUCUAGCC